UAAAAUUAGGAAAUAAUCAUUUUCGAAAAAUCAAAUAGAUUUUCACAAUUUAAAACACCAUUAUUUACUUGACGAUCGAUGACAAGCCAGCUCGCAGGAGAACGUGGUCCAGUUCAACGUUUGGCCAACACGGGGCGUUCGAACCAGUCGCUCAGGCCUGGGCCUGGCACAUUCUAAAGCAUUUCAGUUCAGCACGUUUCUAAGGACAGUUGCAUUGUAAAAACUUUGAUUUAAAAUGCCGGAAAUGGAUGAACAAUUAACAAUUGGUCCUAUUUACACAUCCGAAAAGACUGGAAGUGAUGAAAAUGGAGAUGGAAGUGAAGCUAAACCUUUCAAAACUAUAUUACAAGCAAUGAGACAUGCAGAAAAAGAGCCAUUUCCAGAAAUCUAUCAAGAUUCAAAAGAAGAAGGAAAAAAGUAUGAGCUUGCAGCCAAGUCACAAUUGAAGAAAGUUCAAAAAAUCUGGAUCAGAGAACAAUAUAAGAAUGAAGAUAAACAGAAAAAGUUGCAAGAGGAUGAAGAAAAGAGAUUAAAAAAUUUGGAAGAAGCUAAAUCUAUUGUUAUUGAACAAGAUAAGAGCUUGCCUACUGCUACUCUCUCAAAAAUCAACCGAGCUACACACCACAUUGAUCAGAGAAUACAAGUGUUUGGAUGGGUACAUAGGUUAAGGCGACAAGGGAAGGCUUUAAUGUUUAUAACUUUGAGAGAUGGAACUGGAUUUUUACAAUGUAUAUUGAAUGAUAAACUCUGUCAAACCUAUGAUGCCAUGGUGCUUAACACAGAAGCUACUAUACAUUUUUUUGGAACAAUAAAGAAAGUUCCUGAAGGAAAAACGGCUCCUGGUGGAAUUGAACUUAUCGUUGAUUACUGGAAACUUAUUGGAAAUGCUCCUCCUGGUGGAGCUGAUGCAAUUUUGAAUGAAGAAGCUCAUCCAGAUGUGCAACUGGAUAAUAGGCACAUUAUGAUUCGUGGAGAAAAUACUUCUCGUAUUUUGAUUAUGAGAUCAGUGCUGACUCAAGCUUUUAGGGAUCAUUAUAGUGAUAGAGGAUAUGUUGAAGUUACUCCACCCACUCUUGUACAGACACAAGUAGAAGGAGGUUCUACUCUGUUUAAACUCAAUUAUUUUGGUGAAGAAGCCUACUUAACCCAGAGCUCUCAGCUUUACCUUGAAACAUGUUUACCUGCAAUGGGAGAUGUAUAUUGCAUCGCUCAAUCUUACAGAGCAGAACAAUCAAGAACCAGAAGACAUCUGGCUGAAUACGCUCACGUCGAAGCUGAAUGUCCUUUCAUAACAUUUGAUGAUCUAUUGGAUAGACUUGAAGAUUUAAUUUGUGAUGUCGUUGAAAGAGUUUUAAAGUCACCCUUAGGCCCUCUUGUCAAAGAGCUAAACCCCAACUUCCAAAUGCCAAAGAGGCCAUUUAAAAGAAUGAACUACUCUGAAGCUAUUGAAUAUUUAAAAGAAAACAAUAUUACUAAAGAAGACGGAAGCUUUUAUGAGUUUGGAGAGGAUAUUCCUGAAAUGCCAGAAAGAAAAAUGACAGAUAAAAUAAAUGAGCCUAUAAUGUUGUGUCGGUUCCCAGCAGAAAUAAAAUCUUUCUACAUGCAACGUUGUUCAGAAGACAGGCGACUUACUGAAUCAGUUGACGUACUACUACCAAACGUAGGAGAAAUCGUGGGAGGAUCAAUGCGUAUUUGGGAUGAAAAAGAGUUGCUAGAGGGAUACGAAGGCGCUAAAAUCGAUCCGACUCCAUACUAUUGGUACACCGAUCAGAGGAAAUACGGAACUUGUCCUCACGGUGGAUAUGGUCUUGGUUUGGAAAGAUUCCUUUGCUGGCUGUUGAAUAGAUAUCACAUCAGAGAAGUUUGCCUUUACCCUCGUUUCUUGGAACGUUGUCGUCCUUAAAUUGAAACUUGAAACACAAUAUUAGCCCCACUCAACUUCUAUUUGAAAGAUUCUCUUAUUUUGAAUGAAUAUAAAUGUGCUACAUGAAUUUAUAUAAUAUUUGAAAUAAACAAUUAUAAUUUAUAUUU